CCUCCUAAUUCCGGCGAGCUCGGGACUGCUGGGCGGCUGAAUCGUCAGGCGGCAUCCGGAGUCGAAGCAAAGGAAGUCCCGCGGGAAAGGCCUGGGGAAAGCGGCGCUGAGGCGGCCCCACCGGCCGGCUGGGGAGCAGCCAUGUUGGCGAAGGGGAUAAAGUGACUCCAGCGCCGGCAAGAGAAACGACCGGAGGCCUCCUUCGCUCUCGGCGGCGGCGGCGCAGGGCAGAACAGGAAGCCGCUGGUGGGGCGGGGGCGUUGGCGGGCGGGGGGCUUGCUUGCGGAGGCGGCUGCAGCGUGCGAGGAGGGGGCAGGGCGAGAACCUCCCCCGAAGCAGCGGAGACCUGGCCCUGCUGGCUUUCUUAAGCCAGACUUACUGCUGAUAGAAUGAAAAAGUUCAAGAGGAGACUUUCCCUAACACUGCGCGGGAGCCAGACCAUUGAUGAGUCACUUUCUGAACUUGCAGAACAAAUGACAAUUGAAGAAAACAGCAGCAAAGAUAACGAGCCCAUUGUGAAGAAUGGCAGACCUCCAACAUCUCAUAGCAUGCACUCAUUCCUUCAUCAGUACACAGGUUCCUUCAAAAAACCGCCACUACGAAGACCACACAGCGUUAUAGGUGGCAGCCUUGGCUCUUUCAUGGCAAUGCCAAGGAACGGGAGCAGAUUAGACAUAGUACAUGAAAAUCUGAAAAUGGGAUCAGAUGGAGAAAGUGAUCAAGCUUCUGGAACAUCAUCUGAUGAAGUUCAGUCUCCCACUGGUGUUUGCCUCAGAAAUCGGAUACACAGGCGGAUUUCCAUGGAGGACCUGAACAAACGUCUGUCACUACCUGCAGACAUCAGGAUACCUGAUGGAUAUCUUGAAAAGCUUCAGAUUAACAGUCCACCAUUUGAUCAACCAAUGAGUCGUCGUUCUCGCAGAGCAUCAUUGUCUGAAAUUGGUUUUGGGAAAAUGGAAACUUACAUCAAAUUGGAAAAGCUUGGUGAGGGCACCUAUGCAACAGUAUAUAAGGGAAGAAGUAAGCUGACAGAAAACCUGGUAGCUUUAAAAGAAAUAAGAUUAGAGCAUGAAGAGGGGGCACCAUGCACAGCCAUUAGGGAAGUGUCGUUAUUAAAGGACCUAAAACAUGCAAAUAUUGUUACGCUGCAUGAUAUUGUUCACACAGAGAAGUCUUUGACUCUGGUCUUCGAGUAUCUGGACAAAGACCUAAAGCAGUAUAUGGAUGACUGUGGGAACAUCAUGAGUAUGCACAAUGUAAAGUUAUUUUUAUACCAGAUUCUGCGUGGUUUGGCAUACUGUCACAGAAGGAAAGUGCUACAUCGAGACCUAAAACCGCAAAAUCUACUAAUUAAUGAAAGAGGGGAAUUAAAGCUAGCAGACUUUGGCUUGGCUAGAGCAAAAUCUGUCCCUACAAAGACCUACUCCAAUGAGGUGGUCACAUUGUGGUAUAGACCUCCAGAUGUUCUUCUGGGAUCUUCUGAAUAUUCAACACAAAUUGAUAUGUGGGGAGUUGGAUGCAUAUUUUUUGAAAUGGCAUCUGGAAGACCUCUCUUUCCUGGGUCAACUGUUGAAGAUGAAUUGCACUUAAUUUUCAGACUUCUAGGAACUCCAUCACAGGAAACGUGGCCAGGUAUUACAUCCAGUGAUGAGUUUAGGAACUACAACUUCCCCAAAUACAAACCACAGCCUUUAAUCAACCAUGCCCCAAGGCUAGAUGCAGAAGGAAUUGAAUUAAUAGUAAAGUUUCUUCAAUAUGAAUCAAAAAAAAGAAUUUCAGCAGAGGAGGCCAUGAAACAUGCGUAUUUUAGAAGCCUUGGAACAAGGAUACAUUCUCUACCAGAAAGUGUGUCAAUAUUCACUCUGAAAGAGAUUCAACUGCAGAAAGAUCCUGGCUUUCGAAAUUCCACUUAUCCAGAGACAGGACAUGGGAAGAACAGAAGGCAAAGCAUGCUUUUCUGAGGUGGGCAGCACAGUUUCAAGCCCACAGUUUUAAACCACCAUCAGGGACUCCAGUCUGAAGGCAAUUCUUCUCUUCGUGGACUUGAAAUCUGUGUGUCUACACUGUCCUCCUCACAGUGCAGUCUUUUUAUUUUAGACCUGCUGGUUAACGUUUUUUAUAUUUGUUGUCACAAUGUGACAAAUUUUUGUACAGUUGGUUUUAAGGUCUCCUCUGCCAUUAGAGCCAGUAGGUUACAGCCGUUAAUGUAACAGUAGCUGCCAUUUUUGUGCAGGACUGAGAAAAACCAGUGCAUUAUUUAUUGCGGAAUCAUUGCUGCUAAAUAACUACUGUCUGUAUAGUUAACCAACAGUUGAAAUGCCUGCAGAAGUUGCAAUGGCAUUAUAUAAUCUGUGAAUGCAUCAGUUUCUCUUCAUGAACUAUUGCUGCGGUUGUCCCCCCCCCCCUUUUUUUUUACACUGCAGUGUUUCCUGGAAUGUAAACAUAGCUUUUUUUGACUGUUAAUUAGGUAAAACUGUCUUUAACACUCUUAAGUUUAUGGCCCUUAGUUUCUUCUUUAACAUUAGAUGUCAAGUAACUGAAAAAACUGCAGACUUCAUUUUUAAAGCACUUAGUACAGAGAUUGAUUUGAAUGAGUGAGAAAUAGUUGCUUUGAUACAUGCUGUUGGGUUUCUUAAGUGGAGAUUGGCUUGUGAAUUUGAUCAGGCUUGGCUCUCAUGAAAGAAAUGUGUGCAUGUGACUCCUGAUGCAGUUGCCUUCCCUUGCUUCCUUUUUCUAACCUGUAUGGGCAGGGGUGGGGGGAUGCUAUACAUUCUCUACUGCAUUGUUUUGGAAACUUGGUAUUCUUUUUGAUGUCUGACUGAAAAUCUGCAUUUGGGAGCCAGACCUCCAAGUCCUGUCCUGUUCCUUCUCCUCCUAACCUUAAUGCGGUGCUUUCAUAGCUAUUCUGUGACAUAUUCACUGGAAAUCCACUGGAAGACUACAAGUCCAUACUAGAGAAUACAUCACUCUGUACUGCAGACUCUGUGAAGCAUGAGAACUUAGAGAGAACUUAUAGAUGUUACCUGUUUAUUGGAGGUAGUCCAUGUUACUACUAAGCUUAUGCAUCUCAGUGAGUAUCAUAAGUACCUUAUGGUGAUAGUAACAGUAUUUUUAAGCAUUUGUGUUCACCUUCCUGACCUAUUUGUUUAGUGCAUCUUCAAGAGACUGUAAAUCUUUAUUCGUAUAUUUUGAAAUGGUUAUGUAAAUCUUUGGCUGGUAUAUCAUGAAAAUAGUCAUAGAUAACAAUUUUUUUCCUGAUGUUCACUGUAAAAUAUUCAGGGGUCCUACCAUUUCUGUUCAAGAAAUCUUGUAGUUUUUAUUAUUGUUAUUUAACAGUAUUAAGUGAAACAAAUUGUAUGUUUCAUUUUAACUUUAUUUGUGAAUAGUGAUUGUGGCAUGUUUGGGGAUGUUUUAUUAAUAUUUCAUGAUCCUAGAAAAUUGAAUUUGGGAACAUUUUUAUUUUCUGGAAAGAAACAAAUUCACACCUAAUGGUGACUUCUUGGACCACUGCUGCUUUUCAGCAUUUGUAAGCUGGUUUUACGUUAAAAGGAGUCCUGUAGCGCUAAUAAAACUGCUGUUGUUUCUAACUGAUGGACCUUUAUUAAAACUGUACUUCUGAAAGUAUAAAUAUUAUAUGGAAAUC